CUGAGUGUUGUGCUGCUGGUCUCUUCCCAUGUUGUGAUCGCGGGGCAAUCAUGGCUGCUGCCGAGAAGAGCACGAAGGAGAAGCUGCUGUCAGUCUUGGAUGAUGUGGAGGUUCUGUCCAGAGAAUUAAUAGAACUCCUGGCACUUUCACGGAACCAGAAGCUAAAUCAACCCGGGGAAGAAAAUCAAAUUUUAGAGCUUUUAAUACAGAAAGAUGGAGAGUUUCAGGAACUGAUGAAGGUGGCAUACAGUCAAGGGAAGAUACACCAAGAAAUGCUGCUUCUGGAGAAGGAAGUUGAGAAAAGAGACAGUGAUAUCCAGCAACUACAAAAACAGCUGAAAGAAGCAGAACACAUACUGGCUACUGCUGUAUACCAAGCAAAGGAAAAGCUGAAAUCAAUAGACAAAGCAAGAAAAGGUUCCAUCUCUUCUGAAGAACUGAUUAAAUAUGCCCAUCGGAUUAGUGCAAGCAAUGCAGUGUGUGCUCCACAAACAUGGGUUCCAGGGGAUCCACGUCGCCCUUACCCCACAGACCUGGAGAUGCGGAGUGGUUUAUUGGGUCAGAUGAGUAACCUACCUACGAAUGGCGUUAAUGGUCAUUUGCCUGGGGAUGCACUGGCAGCAGGAAGACUUCCAGAUGUCCUGGCUCCUCAGUACCCAUGGCAGUCGAAUGACAUGUCAAUAAACAUGUUGCCUCCAAACCACAGCAAUGACUUCUUAAUGGAAUCUCUGGGGCCCAACAAAGAGAAUGAAGAUGAUGUUGAAGUGAUGUCUACAGAUUCCUCCAGCAGCAGCAGUGAUUCUGACUAGCUAAAUACGGACCUUAAAACUUUACUCGCUAUUGGGCAACACAUAACACCUGGAUCUUCUAUUGAUACAAACUGAACUUUUUC